AUGGGAGGUGCGGCGAUGUGUUCUAAAGAAGAAGACACUGUGUUCAAAUUGUUAGAUUUAAGUUCUCGAUCAAGUUCAAGCUCGAGCUCAGCUUCAUCCUCCUCCUAUUCAAGUUCUGGGUCAGAUGCAGGAUCAUAUGCUGGGUCUUCUGUAGAAUCACGGGCAAGGUCAGGUUCUGGUGGAGGCCAAGGACGUGGGUCGGGAAAAAGCCAGGGCCGUGGCUAUGGUGGUGGUCCUGGAGGUGGUGGGGAAUCAGGUGGAGGAAAUGGGUCAGGGCAAGGUGAAGGGUAUGGUGAAGGUUAUGGCAGCUACCAAAUUUAA